CAGAGGCAGGACGGAGGGCUCGGGUGAAUAUUUGGGACACUGGGUACCUCUCUACCUCGCAUGUGAAUGGAAAUGCGGUACGCAGGGGAGCUCAUUUUUGACGGAGGCAAAGGAGGCGCAAAGAGGAGAUAAAUAGGGGUGAAAUAUGAUUGAAUGAAUCCAGUGGCGGUGUUUGGUGCAGGCGCAAAGGACGAUGCCACAUAUUCUGCCAGCGCACCCAUCAGUCGGUCGUAAUGGCAAGGGCAGGUGAAUAAAGAGGCGAACGUUGACUGGACUUGUGGAACCGUUUCUUGGCAGGAGGCAUGAUGGGGUGUUUGCGGUGGCACCGGAGUAAAUCGGUGUGGGCCGCCGUGUGCGUUCUGGUUCUCUGCUGGCUUUAUAUUUACCCCGUCUACAAGAUACCCAGCGAUAAGAAGAUCGUGGAAGAAGUGCUGCAGCACGGCCAGACAUGGACCAGAAACCAGACUGGCAUCGACCUGUACAGGAAGCUGCUGACAGAUUGCUGUGAUCCAAAGAGAAUGUUUGCGGUGACCAAGGAGAACUCCCCGAUCGGGAAGGUGCUGUGGUACGACGGCGAGCUGUACCACUAUCACACCGUCAACAACGACACCCACUCGUUUUUUGUUCAGGAUAUUCCUCUGCAGCUGCCACUGAAGAAGUGUGCUGUGGUGGGUAACGGAGGAGUUCUGAAGAACAGCGGCUGUGGCAAAGAAAUUGACCAGGCUGACUUUGUCAUGAGAUGUAACCUGCCACCACUGUCCAAAAAAUACUCUAAUGACGUAGGUAGGAGGACCCAGAUGGUAACAGCCAAUCCCAGUAUUAUAGAGAAGAGCUUUCAGAGCCUGCUGUGGUCCCGGAAGUCGUUCGUGGACAGCAUGAAGGCGUACGGCUCCAGUUACAUCUACAUGCCCGCCUUCUCCAUGAAGCCUGGCACGGACCUGUCUCUGCGCGCCUACUACACGCUGGCUGACUCAGACUCCAACCAGACAGUGCUGUUCGCCAACCCAGACUUCCUGAAGAAUGUCGGGCGCUUCUGGAAGCAGCGCGGCGUGCACGGCAGGCGUCUCUCUACCGGCCUCUUCCUGGUCAGCCUGGCGCUGGGCAUAUGUGACGAGGUGACGGCUUUUGGCUUCUGGCCGUUCGCCCUGGGGCUCGACCAGCGGCCGGUCAGCCACCAUUAUUACGACAACGUCCUGCCUUCGUCCGGGUUCCACGCCAUGCCAGAGGAGUUCCUGCAGCUCUGGCAUCUCCACAAGAGCGGCACGUUGAGGAUGCACCUCGGCUCCUGCCGUCCGACUGACCGCAAGUAGGACAGAUUGUUUGAAAGGAAGAUUGAGCCACCAUUGCCUGCUGUUCUAAAUAAC